AUGAUUUAAAUAAAUGAAAACAAGCUGAAAAUUAAUCUCAUCAAAAAGAAGCCUAACCUCUAGAUUCAAACCUCUUCUUUACCUACAGUUUCUGAAACCUAAAUCAAAUCUAGCAAACCUUUCCUUAUCGAGAGUGAAAUCGAUUCAGCUGAAGUUAGGAAGUUUUAAGCCCUACUACUUGACUCCUUAACUAAAAACCACAGAUUAUCUCAAAAAUUUAAACUAUUCUAACCCAUAAUGAUAAACGAGGAAUUGGAAUAGCACUCAAGAACAAAAUUAUCAAGACCAACAAAUUAUUGA